AUGUCGUCUAAUAAUAUUUUACUAUCAAAUGAACUUAUUCAUAUGAUUUUAUUACAUUGCCAAACAGCGAAAGAUUAUCUAUCACAAUCACUAGUCAAUCAUCAGUGGUCAUAUGAAGCUCGUCGCUUAAAAUCACUUAUGAAAGUACGUUUUUCACGUACGAUAACAUUUCUCAAUUGGCGAUUUCUGUUUUGCGACUUUGAUAUUCGUGUUAAUGUUGUUGGUUAUGAUGAAUAUCUGCAACGUCAUGGCUUAGAAGAAUGUGUACAAAAUUAUCAUCGCGUUGGAGGACCAGGCUCAAAUGUUUAUUACUUAGAACGAUACUGGCAAGAUGGUAGAUUACAUGGAUUGGAGAUCAUUCGUGAAAUUAAUGCGAUUUGGUAUACUAAAUAUUAUGCAAAUCAUAUAGACACAUCUGAUGAAACGAUUGAUCAUCCAUAUGAUGGAUUGCAAGCAGUAGAUUCCAUGAGAAAAUAUCGAAGACAUCGAUUAGUAUCAAAGAAUGAAGUAUUACCAGAAGAAUGUGAUUCUCUCGGUAAGAUUAUAUUCAAAUACGAAUGGAAAUCAGUUACAUUAGAAGAAAGUAAAGAAAUCAGACGAAAUUCGAUACACGAUGACGACUUAUCCGAUGUUCAUAGCUUGUAUGAUUUUAUUGAUGGAAUUGAUUUGUAUAAAAUGUCUGUGGAAAGAUUAUCUAUAUGA